AUAAAAUGAAACCAUACGAAGGCUGGUAUGUCAUAUUUGCGUACAUAAUAUCGGACGUAUUAAAGGAAUAUUUGUUAGAUGAAGUAUUUAUCAUAAUAUGACAAGACGUCGGCUCACAUUGUUAACAUAGAUGUAGGUAUUGUGUGUAAUAUACACGCUCCUUCAAAUAAUCCUCUAUGUGGUAUCAAAGGCAUUCCUUCUUAGUGAUCUAGUCACGUAUUGCCCUAUAGACUUUCAUCAUUUAUUUAGUUUGUGUGAAACGUGGCUUACUUGUAAUGUAAAUAUUCGUAAAUCUAGGUAACAAAUAUUUUGGAGUUUUGUUUACCACUCGUUACAAUAACCCUUAUCCAAUAACAUCCAAGGUUCAUUUAAGCGAAGCGGUGGUGGGACUCGUCUCUAAUUUCCUCCCCGUUCAUCCUAUUUCCUUUCUCAGGCGAGCGACGCCUUCCACCUCUGAGAUGCAUUUGCUCACGUGGAAUCAAAUACGAACCGCUUAGCUGCCUCACAUAGGAACAUGUUAACUUUCUUUUGAGAAAACUCGACCGUUGUAUAUUUUGAAUGUUUCCUUAAAGAAAAUUGGGUCGCACAGGCAACAAAGUUUGCAUGUUCCACCGAGGUAUUCCUUUACCUCCCAUCCACUGGUGUGCACAUAAGCCGUCUUAUGCCCAAACCAGUGGAGCUCAACGCCCGCUAACAAUAACCGUGUUUGUUGCAGUAAAGUGAUAAGUGUAACUACAAAUAUAUUUUUGAUGUAAACUAAUUAUCAAUUUCAUUCCGUCGAAGUACAAAGUAUAAAUUUUAAAAAGUGUUGAAAUCGAAUAUAAAUAGUAAUAUAAAGUGAACUUUAAUGAACAAUAUGACGUGUUGAACAUUUAGUGCGAAACAAUGACUUUAGUGCGAACUAUCAGUGGUAUAGGACUGUUUCGAGUCGAAAGUGUUAACAAUAAAACGAUAUGGGAUGACUCAUAGUGAAAAAUGUUACAUGCAACCCACUAUCCAAUCCGAAGAUGAUGCGCGAUAUCCACGACAAUGCUGGGGCAGGCGCAAGCGGCGGGAUGGAGGAAAGCGAGGACGGCGGGAAUGGGGUUGCAGAGGUCGAUAUGGACGAAUGCGGCUCCCUCGCGCUUCCUCCCGACCUGCCCCCCUACUCCGGCGACUACAUCAUCAGCGACUACAUGGAACGCCUCGGCACACGCCUCAAUAUUCUAGAAACGGAACUCAAAUAUGCUUGGCGAGCUCUCGAUCUGCUUAGCCAAGAAUAUGUUCGAAUGUGGGAGCGUCUCGAAAGAUUAGAGACGCUACUCGCAGAUCAACAGGGUGUAAUAUCAACUUUACUGGACUUUUACACAUGCCGUACUGUCAGCGCUAGAGAUCCAAUGACUCGACUAGAAGUGAUUAGAGAAAUAUUAGGAAAUGGUACCGUCGAAGAUGGAAUAGAGGAAGGUAUAGAUAUCGGACGAAACUCAUUGUUAGACCAUCCAGAAGAGAUUAUGGAAUCAAAUGAAGCAUUCUAUAAGAGUUUAAAUCAAGCCUAUCGUGAUGAUUUAGUUUGUGAUGAAACAUCUAGACCACCAUCACAGUUAGAUAUGAUUUGGGAAGCUCCGGAAGAACCAGAUAUAGAAAUGAUGCCAUCAAGCUCUAGACAAAUAUAUAGUUCAUCAGAUUAUAAAGACUAUUGUGGACUAAAAGGUGGACCUGUCAUUAGUGAACGAGAUUUGGUGCAUUUAUCUGCUUUAAGUACAAUAGAUCAAAUCACAGUAGAUAAAUUACAUGAAUUAGAUAGAUUGACAACUCAAUUACAUAAAGAUUCCAGAGAGCUAAAAGACUUGAAAACCAGACUUCUCAGUCCUGAAACGAAACUAUCAAAACAUGACAGGGAAAUUGAAGCAAAGGCACUAGUCGAAGACGGGAAUAUAAUAAAUGAACAACUUAAAAGUGUGUACUCAGGCGGCGAAAAUUGGGCUAUCAACGAUAUGAUGAAAAGUUUUGAUGAUUUUAUGUUGACCGCUCCUAAAGACUCAAUGGUCAGAGAGAAAUCACCAUCACGAUUAUCACUCACUGAUAAUGUCACUGAUAGAACAAUGGAUUACUUGCCUCCAACUCUUUCUCCUCGUCGAAAGUAUGUACCCGAGAGAACUACUACUGAACCAUAUACGACGGUCACAGGGCGUUUAGCCUAUAGUUCGGCGGUAGCUAAUGCUGAGAUUAAUGCAGCAAAAGCAUCUAAAUCACCCAGUGCUCUCUCAAGGGAAAGAUUUGAGUAUAGUUCUCCAUAUCCAAUAGCUGACACUUCCAGACAAAAUUAUUUUUCUAGCAAAGGCCUAUCUCAGCCUUUAAACGAGAUUUAUAAAACAGGAUCAGAACAACACUCUCCCUUGUCAAUUCACGAAAUAUAUAACGGACCUAGUGCUAAUGAAUUAAAUUAUGAAGAAAACAGGUUAAGAAAAUCUCCAAGUCCUCCACCACCGGCACCACCAAAUGGAGCAAACGGGUUUCCAUCAAUAGAGAACAACAAUGAAUUGGUAACUCAUCAACAAAUGUUAUCAACAGCCGGUGCUUUACCACAUGAUGCUAUGCGAUUGAGUCCAAGGUCACCAAAAUCACCCAAAACAUCACCGAAACAUGUAAAGAGAGACUCGGCUAAUAUUGUAGCCGCAAAAUCAGAUUCAGGAUUGUCGUCUAUGAGUGGAUGGUCGAGUUUGGAAAAAAGUCCUGGCUCACCAAAAACAGGUCGGAUUGCGCACGCAAGUCAUGAUCAUAAAAUGAGAAUUACUUCUCCACAACCAAUACAGAGAAUGUCUUACGAGAUCGAUGCAAAACCAUACAUAGAAACGCUUGUUGACUCUUACCUUUAUGAGGGGGGCAAUAUGAAAAGUGAUUUUAAUUUACGAAAGACAGAUCAUAUGGCAAAAGAAGUUAGUUCUAGAGAUUUAAGUAAAUUGCAAGGAAAAGUGGAGAGUGAUUACAUAAAAAGCGAUACUCCAUAUUCGGUUACCGAUCAAAUGACUCAAAUAAGCAAUAUCGGAGAAUAUUAUUACGGCAACGAAGCCCCUUCAAUAUAUUCCGUAGCUGGAAAUAGGCAACCAAUAUUCACAACUGUGUAUAGUACACCGAGAGGAAUGUUAUCUGAAGAUAGAAGUUUUUCCGAAUUAUUAGAUAGAAAUGAAAUUUCUGAAUCUGUUGCAAGGCCUGCGGCAGAUUCUUAUCCGCCGGAACCUAGUUAUCAUGCACAGACUGUUGUCAUGUCGGCGGCUAAUGCCAAUAAACGACCUUUGACUAGAGCGAAUACGAUGGGUGCAAACGAUCCACAUUUUUAUCAAAAUGGUUAUAAGGGCCAUCGUGCUGGAUAUCCUCCAGGCAAUCUUACUGAUGCUUUGUCGUAUUAUCCAACCUCAACAAGGUAUGAUUCACCUAAAAGAACGUCUUUAGAAGAUCAGAUAUCGUGGCAAGGUGGUAGUCGAUCGCCAACCAGUUCAAUGGAAACUUCAAGCUUGAAAUCUCAUUCCCUGAGUAUAACUGAAAGAAAACAAUUUCAAAAUCAACUACAACAAGAAUAUUUCAAACAACAGCAAUAUGAUCAACGAAAUGGUAAUGUAAUGUAUGAAAACCAAGGCUUUGAUAAGCAAGCAGCACCUGACCAGACUAAAAUUAGAAAGGAGCAAUAUGUAGAAUCAAGCGGUAUACUAGUAUCUGAAUCGGGUUAUCUAUCAAUAUCUAAUAACUUCAAAGGUAAACCUCAAGACAAACAACCUAAGAAACCAAAACGAACAUCAUCAUUGAAAUCAGCCAUGUCAUCAAUGAGUCAUUGGCUUCCAGAUUUACAUUUACCAAAGAAACAUAGAUCACAUUCGCUUCCUUCUGGCGUGGACAAUGUAGAACAACCACAGCAAGAAAAAUCAUUAAAAGAACGCAUUUUAUCUGCUCAGAGAAGGAAAAAGAAAUAUCAUUUGGUAGCUUCGAUGUCCGGCUUGUUACAAAAAGCUAGAAGGAAGCAACAAGCGAGUCAUCAGUCAUUAUCAGAUCCAGAAACAUCAGAAACGGAAUGGUCUGGAGGUAGAUCAAGUGCCCAGUCCGAAGAUAGUGACAGUGUAUUUUCGGAUUCUACGCAUGACGGUAGUAUGUUUCCUAAAGUAGCAACUAAACCAAAAAGGAAAAUUAAUAAUCAGGAAAUUGUUGAACAGCAGAUGAUGAUACAAGAACGCAUUCAAGAGCAAGGAAGAGAAUAUCAAGAGGAUGACCCCGAUUGUAUUAUUGAGGAAACAGAAAAGUUGACUGCAGCUACGAACGUUAUUCCAAGAGACAAAAGUGAUGACAUCGAUUUUCAUUUUGCUCGAGUUAGUCAGAUGAAAAAGGAAAAUAAUAUACCAAAACUAGAAAAACUAGAUAUUGAUACUGAUAUCUCAAAUGUCGAUCUAUUUGAAGAAGACGAAAAAGGGGAUACAUCUCCUGGGUCACUUUUUGCUACCAUUGGAGAUGUGAAAAAGUCAUCUAACGUUACUGAAGAUGGAUUAAGUGAAAGUAAUAAAUCUUACAGUGGAAGUUCGCAAGAAUUCGCAGUUUCUAGAGCUUUGGGGAAAUAUCGUUUGCGUAAAUCCACAUCAGUGUCAGAUGAGCAUAUUGCCGAUAUUUCACCACCAAAAGUCGAGACUGAACAACAAGAAGAGGCAAACGAAGAAUUUAUGAAUCAGCAAAAAGAAAAGAAAGUACGUAAACCCAGCCCACCUGAGGUAGUAAGUACUGUGACAUUGAGUGCUGAAGAUCCACAUAACUUGCCAGAAAGAAGUCCGUCUAUACAAAGUACUCGUGGCUUACCAAACAAGUUUCAACCGCGACAUCAGCAAAGUUUGGAAAUACCAAAUAAACAUGAUGAUGACGAUAGCAGAAGCACACAUUCUUGGAGAAGUGGUUCCAGAGUAUCGUCAAGGCGACAAAGUACUGAAGACAGUAUUGAUUCUGAAGAUGAAUGGUAUUGUUACGAAUUGAGGAAGCUGGAAGAAAUGGAGCAUCAGUCACAAGUAGAGACUGAGCGACAUCAACCUUUACCAGAAGAACCAGAAAUCGAAGAAGAAUAUUCUAGUGAAGUCCUUAAAGAGAAAAUGUCGUUUGUGCUACGCGAACUAAAACUUAAAACGGCAACAACGAAACAAAAAUAUGACGAAUCUCCAACUAAAGAUUCUUGGAAAGAUGUAACAACUUUCCCCGUAAUCGAGGAGACAACGGACGAAGACAGACACUCAAGUGAUGAUAAGUCACUUGAUUACUCCGGUUCAGGUGAAACUUCUGGACCUGACAGUCCAGUUCAAAGUGGUGAUGAACUGGAUGAUGAUUAUGAUAUGCCACAGAUACAACUGCCAUUACCGUUACCUCGUGAGGAUCCGCGGCCGCAACAAGAUGCUCCUGUUGGCAGCAAAUGGAAGCUUCUCAAGGCCCUAAAAGAUCGCAAAGCUGAGGAGAAAACGUCGGAGACGCCGGCAGCCACGACGCCGUCAACUGAAAAGGACAAAGUCAGCGCCGGUAAUGGAUCUGGUGGCUUCAACGAGCAAGGUGGCAGAGGAAAUGGGCACGUCACGGAUAAUCCGUUCUACAGCAACAUUGACAGCAUGCCGGACAUUAGACCAAGGAGAAAAUCCAUCCCCCUCGUCUCAGAACUUGUUCUCAAGACAAUGGCGGCUACGAAGAGGAAUGCAGGUUUGACAUCAGCUGUACAUCGAGCCACAUUGAACGAUGAAGAACUGAAAAUGCACGUAUACAAGAAGACUCUGCAAGCGCUCAUCUACCCAAUAUCGUCGACCACACCUCAUAACUUCGUGCUCUGGACGGCUACCUCGCCAACUUACUGUUACGAGUGCGAAGGCCUACUUUGGGGCAUCGCCAGACAAGGUGUAAGGUGCACUGAAUGUGGUGUCAAGUGCCACGAAAAGUGCAAGGAUUUGCUCAAUGCCGACUGUCUUCAGAUGUGUUUCGCAGGGGCGGCUGAAAAGUCUUCCAAACAUGGCGCUGAAGACAAAGCCAAUUCCAUCAUCACAGCUAUGAAAGAACGAAUGAAACAACGUGAACGAGACAAACCUGAAAUCUUUGAACUAAUCAGGCGGACUUUUAACGUCGACCCAGACACUCACAUUGACAGUCUAGAACAGGCCAAGCAAGUCACUAUAGAAGGAACAUCAAAGUGGUCUUGCAAGAUCGCCAUUACAGUUAUUUGUGCUCAAGGCCUCAUUGCGAAGGAUAAGAGUGGAACUUCAGACCCCUACGUUACCGUCCAAGUAAGCAAAGUGAAGAAGAGAACAAGAACUAUGCCUCAGGAAUUGAACCCCGUGUGGAACGAAAAGUUUUACUUUGAAUGCCACAACUCAUCUGAUCGUAUCAAAGUGAGGGUAUGGGAUGAAGAUAACGACUUGAAAUCAAAACUACGCCAGAAGUUGACUAGAGAAUCUGAUGAUUUCUUGGGUCAGACAAUCAUUGAGGUACGAACGUUAUCAGGCGAGAUGGACGUGUGGUACAACUUGGAGAAACGAACGGACAAGUCUGCGGUGUCCGGAGCCAUCAGACUGCACAUCAACGUGGAGAUCAAGGGCGAAGAGAAGGUGGCACCCUACCAUGUCCAGUACACGUGUCUUCACGAAAACCUCUUCCACUAUCUGUGUGAAGAGAACAAUGGUGCGGUGACGUUACCAGCUGCGAGAGGCGACGACGCUUGGAAGGUCUACUUCAAUGAAAUCCCUGAAGAAAUUGUCGAUGAAUUCGCUAUGAGAUAUGGAAUUGAAGCCAUCUAUCAGGCCAUGACACAUUUCCACUGCCUCUCAACGAAGUACUUGUGUGCUGGAGUGCCAGCAGUCAUGUCUACGUUGUUGGCCAACAUCAACGCCUACUACGCUCACACCACCGCGUCAUCUGCAGUAUCAGCGUCGGACCGAUUUGCAGCUUCUAACUUUGGAAAAGAGAAGUUCGUGAAAUUGCUGGAUCAACUACACAACUCUUUGAGGAUCGACCUGUCGAUGUAUAGGAACAACUUCCCGGCGUCGAGUGCAGAGAAGCUCAUGGAUCUGAAGUCUACAGUGGACUUACUGACCAGCAUCACGUUCUUUAGAAUGAAGGUUCAGGAGCUAAGUAGUCCGCCCCGCGCCAGCACUGUGGUCAAAGACUGUGUAAAGGCAUGCCUUAGAUCAACAUAUCAGUUUCUAUUUGAGAAUUGUUACGAGCUGUACAACAGGGAGUUCCAGGUGGAUCCAAAUGAAGCGAAGCGUGAUCCUGCCGACCACGGUCCUCAGCUGGAAUCUGUAGAUUUCUGGCACAAACUGAUUGCUCUCAUCGUAUCUGUGAUAGAGGAAGAUAGGAAUAGUUAUGCCCCAGUUCUAAACCAGUUCCCCCAAGAAUUGAAUAUUGGUCAGCUAUCAGCAGCAACGAUGUGGUCCUUAUUCGCUGUAGACAUGAAGUAUGCCUUGGAAGAACAUGAACAACAUCGGCUUUGCAAGUCUUCGGCUUACAUGAACUUACACUUCAAGGUAAAAUGGCUUCACACAAAUUACGUGAAAGACGUGCCGCCAUAUUGCGGAGCUGUGCCAGAGUACCCAGCAUGGUUCGAACCUUUCGUGAUGCAGUGGCUUAAUGAAAACGAUGAUGUAUCUUUGGAAUAUCUCAACGGAGCAUUCAACAGGGAUAAGAAGGAUGGGUUCCAACAAUCAAGCGAGCACGCCCUAUUCAGUUGCUCAGUGGUAGACGUGUUUACACAACUAACACAAUGCUUCGACGUGGUCUCCAAGCUCGAGUGCCCAGACCCUGAGAUCUGGAAGCGAUACAUGAAGAGGUUCGCAAAGACCAUCGUAAAGGUCCUUGUGGCUUACGCCGACAUUGUGAAGAAGGAAUUCCCUGAACACCUAAAGGAGGAACGAGUGGCAUGCAUCUUGAUGAACAACAUCCAACAGCUGAGGGUACAAUUAGAGAAGAUGUUCGAAUCUAUGGGAGGUCCCAAGUUGGAGCGAGAUGCUGCUGACAUUCUGAAAGAUCUACAAAACAGGCUCAACGGGACGUUAGAUGAUCUGGCGUCUAUGUUUGCUAUCAGCUUGGAGACACGCAUCACAGCCAGUGUGAAGGAGUUAGGAGAAUUACUGCAGAAGGUUGGAGGUGGCGCAGCCCCUGGUCAACAACAGCCUCCCGUACAUCACGAGGCUGAUGAAGUUCUACGUCCACUCAUGGAUAUUUUGGAUGGCUCUCUCACAAUGUACGCGGAAUCCUGUGAAAAGACUGUUCUUAAACGACUACUAAAGGAAUUGUGGAAGAUUGUGAUGAAGAUAUUAGAAAAGACUGUUGUGCUCCCGCCUAUGACUGAUAAGACGAUGAUGUUGAAGAACUUGACGAACAACGCUAAGAACUUGGCAGCGAAUGCAAAGAUCGAAGACAUGACCCAAUUGUUCAAGAGCACAGUGGGCAAACAGGACGUCAAACAUGCACUAUCCGGCGUUAUGGACAUAUCUAAAGAGCAUCUGUCAGCGGAGAAGAGUUUGACACCGAAACAGUGUGGAGUACUGGACGCCGCUUUGGACACCAUCAAGCUAUACUUCCACGCUGGAGGCAAUGGACUCAAGAAAGCCUUCUUAGAAAAGAGUCCAGAACUGCAGUCCUUGAGAUAUGCUCUCAGCUUGUACACACAAACUACUGAUACGCUUAUCAGGACCUUUGUUAGCUGUCAGCAGAAUCAAGACGCUGCAGUCGUGGAAGAGGGAAGCGUGGGCGAGGUGUCACUGCAAGUGGAUCUGUUUACUCAUCCCAACACUGGAGAACAUAAGAUCACCGUAAAAGUCGUAGCAGCAAACGAUUUGAAGUGGGUGAUCCAAAGCGGUAUGUUCCGUCCGUUCAUCGAGGUCAAUCUGAUCGGUCCACACCUAGCGGAGAAGAAGAGGAAAUUUGCCACCAAGUCCAAGAGUAACAACUGGAGUCCCAAAUUCAACGAGACCUUCCAUUUCAUGGUGAGCAACACGGAGCAGCUGGACCUGUUCGAGCUGCACGUGUGUGUUCGUGACUACUGCUUCGCACGCGAGGACAGGCUGGUCGGCGUCGCUAUCAUGCGCAUGACCGAAAUUGUUGAACAGGGUGCCAUCGCGUGCUGGUUGCCUCUCGGCACCCGAAUCAAAAUGGACGAGACUGGCUGGACGAUACUAAGAAUACUUUCUCAAAGGCACAAUGAUGAAGUUGCUCGGGAGUUCGUUAAGCUCAAGUCAGAAAUGAGGACCGAGGCACCUGCUGGUGCGCCAGGCCCAGCGUGAACCACUUAAACAAACCCCACGUGCCACAACAUUCUACACAACCUACCAACUCCAAGACUGCGACUGGACUGAUAGAUCCGGUUGUGAUGUCCCUUAGUAUUUCAAAACAGUUUAAUGUGCGCAAACGAGACAGAAUCAUGUUCUGCACGAUGCGUACGAAAGAGACGAAGCCACUGCAACGGAGUUUGGAAGUGACAUCGGCGCUCUGGCGGCUCCCGGUCAGUGCUCGUUCGUUUUGUUUCGUACAAUCUCGACGGAGAUGUGUUUUGUAAAUAAAAUUUAUCUUUGUUAAGUUACGCGGAUAGUAGAAUAUUUUGCACAAAUUCGUAAACAUUAGCCGAAAAGACUGACCGUAGGCGGCCGGGCGCCGCGGCGGACGCGACUUAGGCAUCCAGCUACAUACCAUACACUUUCCUAUCCAAGAGACACUUAUAACUUCCAUUAUAUGACGAUAACAAGCCCUUAGCGCUCCAUAAUUUUAUUAACUUCGCUCUUUUAAUUCUUUAUUGCUCAGUCGCGAAGUGUUCUUUCCUAAAUCAAUCAGCCCAACUUCUCUCGCUGGGUACCUAAAUUCGCGAACGCAUCGUUGACCCACGAUUUAUGUAAUAAUAUUUAUAUGGACCAAACUGUCGUAAAUACGGAUGAAUUAAUCCUUAAACAUUAAUAUUAAAAAUGCAACAUAAUUAUUUAUCUAAUUAAUCAUCUACUCGUUAUACGUGUACAGUAAGAUAUAUGGCCUUAUGUAAAUUAUUUCCUUUUAUUGGUUUCAAUGCUUCUGUCGAGUCGGUAAUGUGUAAAAGUGUUGAGGAUAUUUCCUGAGUGCUAAGAGGUGUGCGUUUAUAUUUUCCUUUCAGUAAAUGCGUGGUGUAUAGAAUAAUGCGAAGAUUAUAAAGCAUGUUCGUUUAGGUGAUGAGUGUUAUAUAAAAUGGAAUUAAUAAUAUAGUCAUAGCCGUCGUUCGUUCUUGAAAUCCUUUACGCGAUGCUUUUUGACGUCUGUACUUAAAUAUAGAAUUAGAUAUAAAGUUAUCUUGAAGCAUAUAUCUUUAUUCAAACGCAACGUUUAAUACUAAUGGCUUCCGCG